ACACAUGACGCGUAUUUAUCUAUUUUGUUGGAAAUAAAACUACAUUAAUCUUCAAUUAUUACUUUGAGUAUAAACUAUUUUUAAAAACAUUUUUCCCCCCAGUUUGUGUGUUUGAGUCGAAUGUGCGGCGCAGCAAAUCACCCGACCAAGCCAGCGAGCUUGUUGACGAGCAACUUCUAGAAAAUAAUUAAUCCACUUUCUAAUAAUUUAAAGACUAAAACAUGGGCGAAAGGACGACUCCGGUACGACCGCAGCAUCAAUUCGACGAGGAUAGACUUAAAGAGUAUCUGUCUGCGAAGUCGUUCGUGUCAAACGACGACACGCUCGUUGUCAGACAGUACAGUGCGGGGCAGUCCAAUCCAACUUUCCUGAUUCAGACACCUUCCAAAAGUUAUGUUUUGAGGAAGAAGCCACCUGGUGCGUUGUUACCAGGUGCCCACAAGGUGGACAGGGAAUAUCGUGUUCAGAAGGCCUUGCAUUCCUCUGGAUUCCCUGUGCCUCGGCCCCUCCUGCACUGUACCGACAUCGACGUCAUCGGAACAGAAUUCUACCUGAUGGAGCACAUUGUGGGACGCAUAUUUUGGGACCUUCGUCUGCCCGGAGUGAUCCCGGCAGAGAGGGCGGCUCUGUACGUGGCAGCAGUGGAAGUUUUGGCCAAACUGCAUUCAUUGGACCUGGCAUCACUAAAGCUGGAUGGUUAUGGAAAAGGAAUAGGAUACUGUAGGAGACAGGUGUCCACAUGGACCAAACAGUACACGGCGUCAUCCCACAGAGACAUCCCUGCCAUGAAUGAGCUCUCCGCGUGGUUGAUGAGCACUCUGCCCGCCGCAGGUAUUCCCACAGUGGACGACCUGAUUUCCGUUUACAGACGCUGCCGUGGGAUCCCGUCCACUUUGCCGAGCUUAAAUUUCUACUUGGCGCUCUCCUUGUUCAAGAUGGCAGGAAUCGCUCAGGGUGUUCAUGCACGCCACCUACUGGGCAACGCCAGCGCUCCAAAUGCUGCCGAGUUAGGACAGUGCGUCGAGCCCUUGGCUGUGCUCGCCCUGCAGCUGGCGCAGAGGCCUCCGGCGGCUAAGCAGGAAGCCGGGCUCUUUCUGCAGACGGCCAAGGGCCGGGCGGUGCUCCGGCAGGUGAAGGACUUCAUGAGACAACACGUGCUUCCUGUGCAGAAGGAAGUCACGGAGUACUACAUCAAAUACGCUCACUCGCCCCUGAGAUGGAACACCCCCCAAAUAAUAGACGAUCUAAAGGUGAAAGCUCGAGAAGCAGGAUUAUGGAACCUCUUCCUGCCGGCGGCGAGCGGCCUAACUCAGUUGGACUAUGCUUACAUCGCCGAGGAGACCGGACGCUGCCUCUUUGCUCCGGAAGUCUUUAACUGCCAGGCGCCGGACACGGGCAACAUGGAGGUGCUGCACAUGUUUGGCAGCGAGGAACAAAAGAAGAUGUGGCUGGAGCCUCUGCUCAGAGGAGAGAUGCGCUCGUGUUUCUGCAUGACAGAGCCCGACGUGGCGUCCAGCGACGCGACCAACAUGGCCUGCAGUCUCCACCGAGAGGAGGACCAGUUUAUCAUCAACGGAAAGAAGUGGUGGAGCAGCGGCGCAGGGCAUCCCCGAUGUAAAGUGGCCAUUGUGAUGUGUAGGAGCGCCCCCGAGGAUGCCAGAAGCAGACAUGCCAGACACAGCAUGAUCCUGGUGCCAAUGGAUACGGCGGGCGUCAAAUUGAUCAGGCCCCUCACCGUGUUUGGACAAGACGACGCCAUCCAUGGCGGCCACUUUGAAGUGCACUUCGAAAACGUGCGUGUCCCUGCCUCCAACAUCCUUCUCGGCGAAGGGCGAGGCUUUGAGAUCGCUCAGGGCCGUCUGGGUCCGGGCCGGCUGCAUCACUGCAUGAGAGCCGUGGGCCUGGCUGAGAUGGCGCUGGAGCUGCUCUGCCGGCGUGCCGCCUCCAGGGAAGCCUUUGGCAAAAAGCUCUACCAACACGAGGUGGUCGCUCACUGGAUUGCAGAGUGCCGACUCACGAUUGAGCAAACCCGCCUGCUCAUACUUGGCGCCGCCCACGUGCUCGAUACGCUCGGCAGCCGCACCGCUCGCAAGCAGAUCGCACUGAUCAAGGUGGCAGCGGCCAGGAUGGCGUGCAAAGUGGUGGACUGUGCCAUCCAAGUCUUCGGAGGUGCCGGCGUCUCUGGAGACUUCCCUCUGGCGCACAUGUAUUCUUAUGCAAGAACGCUGCGAAUCGCUGAUGGACCCGAUGAGGUGCACUUGUCCACCAUCGCCCGUUUGGAGCUAAGGGAUCAACUCGCCAAACUGUGAUGUCAUCAUCACGUGACUUGCAACCGAUCGUCGCAAGCACAAGAGGUCCGGCAGUGUUUGCUUUCCCGUCACAUUUGGAUUCCGGUACAAUGCCGUAAAAAGACGGAAUCGAAUUUAUGGUGUGUUAAUUAAAUAUCGCAAGGCUUUCUUAAUUCCAAUCUUGCAAAAAAACAGUGUUUUCCCGGCUAACUUCCAUUUCGGGUAGUCUGACAGUGGGGGCGUGUCAGGGAAAAUAUUUACUUUUUCACGACUUGUAUACAAUUGACUGAUAUCGCAGGAGUGCCAGCCGCAGCCAGAGUGAAAUGAACCCUUUCAGGGACAGCGGUUACUCCAGUGGACAUUUUAUCAUGUUAUCAGAUUACAGUGCAUGAAAGGGUUAAAAUGUGUAUGCAACUUCCUUUGCAUGGUAUUUGACCAUUCAAAAUAAAUAAAGGGCUAAAUGUGUGCGUGCACCUUUCCAGAAACAUUUCGGAGACAAGAGAAUUUGUAUUGGACUUAACGUUCUUUCUUUUUGUUUAUUUCUGCGACAUCGUGUGAGAGGCUUCGUCACGCAACAGGAAGUGGCGAGCGGUGACACCCGAAACUGUUAGCAAGAAGGCCUUACUCUAGCUGGGCGUGGUCCUGGAGUUCAGUGUUGAGGGUCUCUGGCAGCAGCAGACACAGGCCCACCGCACUAAAUGCCACGAUGCCGUACACUAGCAUGGGGAGGCUGUGGUGGUACACGCUCAGGAGUUUGAUCAGGGGGGCCAGGAUGCCUCCCAGCCGGCACCACAUGGUGUUGAGACCCAUGCCACUCUGCCUGCCCACACGCAAACGGCAAGCAUGACUUACUGUGGAUUUGUUUUUUGGGAUUUUUUUUUUCAUCACGUUUUUACAUCUGACAUGAGAAUGUCUUUUGGCGUCAUUACUGUAAUCACGGUUGAUGCUAGGUCUCAAUUUAUAUUGAUUUGUUUGAGGCCUGCGCUAAUUCUGAUGUGUAUCAGAACAAGAUUCCGAUAACUCCGAAAUGUAAUAGAUAGAUAUAUAAUGAAUAAAAUCAUGUAUUCUUGAGUCCCUAACGCUUAAAAAAAAUAUAAAAAUGAGUGACAGGGGGAUACAGUUUUCUGAUACGUCAUCCCUGAGUAUUUGUUUA